CGCCACCGUGGCCUAAUAAAAUAUACAUAUCGCCAAAAAAGGCAACGGACGUCAUACGUUACUUGGACCAUUGUGACGUCACAGUGCAGUUGCGAGAACGUUAACGACCGUUCCCAAGCGUGAGCUCGAGUUAGUAGGUAACUAGGAAAAGAAACACGAUGGCGUCUUCCUCCGCGGUUGAUGAUGAGACGCAGCAAGGAGUCUCCGACAUGUUCGACACUUUCAUCGAGCUGGCGGCCGGGAAGAAGUUGACCGACCGCGAACGAAACGUUGCUAACGAAAAAGCGAUCUCGAUGCUAUUGAAAGACUCCCUGGGAGAACGGUACAAGAAGAUCAGCGAGACGAGCGUGUACCCCGUGCACAAGGUCAAAACAAGGGGCGACCCAUACUUCGGCAAGGUAGAGCGAAGUGCGUUCUGCAAUCUGGACUACUUCUGCGACCUGGCGGCGUGUCGUAUUGAGCUGGACGAACACUGCAAGAGGCCGCCACGGGACGAUGAACGAGUCCAGCUGGAGGCGAAAGCGCUCAUGAAGAAAGUGGCAGAAGAGUCCAAGAAAGACCACUCAGUGAAGGGUGCACACGCAUCAGGUGUGGCGGCCAGUGUGACCAGUCGUCUGACAGACACCCAUAAAUAUACUGGCGCCCACAAGGAACGCUUCGACAGCUCGGGGCACGGUAAGGGCAUUGGCGGGCGGGAAUACAGAGACCCACACACGGGAUACACUCAACAAUACAAAGGUCAGGGCACCUACCAUUAGAUGUCUCGUUCAUACUGUUGUGGCAAUUUGUUAUUGAUACGUUCAACAAUACAAAGGUCAGGGCACCUACCAUUAGAAGUCUCGUUCAUACAGUUGUGGCAAUUUGUGAUUGAUACGUUCAACAAUACAAAGGUCAGGGCACCUACCAUUAGACGUCUCGUUCAUACAGUUGUGGCAAUUUGUGAUUGAUACGUUCAACAAUACAAAGGCCAGGGCACCUACCAUUAGACGUCUCGUCCAUACUGUUGUGGCAAUUUGUGAUUGAUACGUUCAGCUAUACAAGGGUCAGUUCACCUACAAGUAGACGACUCGCCCAUACAAGGGUCAAUUCACCUACAAGUAGACGACUCGUCAAAAUAAUUGUGGCAGUUUGUGUUUUUGUUCUUCUGUAAUCCGUGCUUUAUACGUUAUUUAAUUUUGUAGAACACUAUCUUAUAGUCUUACUUAUUUAUGUAAAGUAAUAUUGUUUUACAAUGUUGGUACAAAUAGUAAUAUUUUUAAUUGAUACACUUUUCUUUUUACUUUUCUUUUUUGUCUUGUUUUUAAUCGUUAAUUAUUUUAUGUAGGGUUUUUUUGUAGCUUUUUAUGUCUGUUCGUUUAUUGUUGUUGUUGGGUUUGUUUUGCUAUAUUUUGAAUGAUGUUAAUCUUGAAAUUGUAAACAUUUACAUUUGUUUGUAUGUGUUAUUUUUUAUUGAAUAGUAUUACUAUGGUUAUGAAAAUUUAAAAUAUCAAAUGGAAGUGUU